UCGAGUGUGGCGGACCUUUGUGAAAGCAAUCACUUUUUAUGAAUUUUAUCAACGCGGUGGAACCUCUAUAGCAAAGGGGGAGCGCAUUGAGGAUUAUAGUCACCGCUAAAAGGAAAUAGCAAUAUGUGAUUAACUAAAUGAUAUCAGAAAAUAUAUUUUCAGACGACCUCCCUCUCGUUUUUUUUUAAUUAUUGUGCGAUUUUCUGUCUAUUCGGAGAGAAGCAUGUCCUUCGAGACAAAUUAAUUUCAUCCUCACCUGGAAUUACAAUGGAAAAUGUAGGCAUGAUCAAUUAUUUUCCGGGAAUCACAAUUAAGAUCCAAUGUUGGUGAAUGGACUACUAGACAUCCGAAACAUGGUGACGGGCCUGACGACCGCAUCUAAAAAUGGAUCAUCAUCUUAUUGCCCUUUGAAUACAACCAGCGACACGCAGUGUCAAUUUAGAAUAAGUAAAGACGUAGAAGAAGUUUGAAGAAGGAAAAAAAGCAAAGAACUGAAAGAACCUCAAAGCUGGAUUACGGCAUCAUCACAGUCUUGGCCAGGUGGAACAACUAAGGGGACGUUCUCCCCCCGCUUUAGAUCCAGAGGCUGUUUGCUAAUUACAACGGACCUUCUACAUCCCUUUUUUAUUUUUUUGGUGGGGGGGGUGAUUUUGGACCUUUAUUUGCACUGACUGUUUUUCUUUCUUCCCCCUGUUUUGUUUAGAGCGAGACCAAAACCGGUGCCGUACGAACUGUGCAAGAAAAAAGAAAAAUAACGACAACAACGAAACUACCAAAGUCACGUUUAUCAUUCAUACCUCAUGUUUCACUUAGUGUUAGCUUGAGUUCACACAGCGUUCAGAUUCGAUAUCAAAAUAGUCAUUUUUCAUUAGUCUCCCUAACACAUAAAAUGCACAUUUCAUAUCCUUAUUACUUCAAAAUAGCAUUGAAGCUCAAAGUGUUCAUUAAACUUAUAACAUUCUAUCAAAUAAAAAGUAGUUAUAACCACAUUGUGGAGAGUUAGCCUAACGCCUGUAGUUAAAUGUACAUUUAUUGUCCGUCAGUUUAAAAAUAAUACUUUUCUGCUCCUAAACUCUUUCAGAUUUGGAUGAAUACAUUAGUUGGAGAAUGGUAAGCAGUGAUAACUCACAAACUUGCUCAGGCUCUGAUAGUUCGGCCCCAGAUCGAUCAAUCGAACUAGGCUUUGACUGACUGAAGGGCAAGACAAGUCACAUAUAACGUGAUACAUUGACCUUGCUGCUAUUCUGUCGCUACUUUGCUUAUCUCCCUCAAUAUAUACCUCACUUUUUUUCUCUCUCUGUCAGCAUCUCUCCAGCAUUCUCCCAUACAGCACAUGUCGGCACACCACAUUUAACAAUCUGAAAAGCCCCCGUUUCCUUUUAACCCGAAUGAUAUUCAAACACUUGUGCUUCUUUUCUUCCUCUCAGCGUAUUGAUGUUGUCUGUCAAAGGAGAUACACUUUAACACAUAAGCCAUAUUACACCAGCCAUACUAUGACCCAACAUUUAGAACUAUCAUCUUACUAUGUUUAAGAUUUAUUUGCAUCAACAACAUCUCACAUAGUAACUUUCAAAUAUAGGCGCACUCAUACAUUCAGGGAUACAGUGAAGAAGAGGUUAUAUGACACUAGGAUACCAUUUCCUACAUUGUUUUUCAGAAGAAAAUAGCUUAGAAAGCUUUUCAUAUUAGAUUGUUCUACUUUUCUCGUUUAGGUCACCAUUACCAUGUAUCUGUAGUCAUCAGCCCAGGUUAGGUUAGGCUGGAAAGUGACCAUAUCAUAGUGUACAUUUUCUCCACAUAUUCUGCAUUGAACGAAUGAAUCCAGACAUUUUCAUGUCUGUUCUGUGGGCGGAGCCGCGCUGUCCUGCCAGAACCGGGCCCAAGCCCACCUUCGUUCUAUUCUGUUGGGCAGAGUUAAACUCAGAGCAGAGACACUCCCGCAAGGGGAUCAAACGCACAUAGAUCCUUAGCCUCCUUUCGUCCCUCCAUCUCCCAUCACCAGUCCCUCCUUCCCUCUCUCACCUUUUCCUAAUUCACCAACAAACAAAAAUUACUAUCUCCGACUGCCUUUAUUCAUUUUGUCCAUCACUCGCUGUGUUAUAUCUUAGUUUUCCCUUUCUCACUAAGUUAGGUGUAAAUUGUGUGGUCCCGGUUUGUCUCAACUAUAUAUGCUGCUUGGUACAUUUCUUCAGUACCCAUUUUCACCGGACCUUGUGACAAGCUUUUGCGAUUGGUCCUUUUCUCAUAGUGCAAACUUUUUUUAGGCUUUCAACCACUGUAUUUAAGUACGAAUUUAGAAUCCCAAGUCUCUCUGAAUGAUAUUUCCUCAAUUAACCACCACACCUCUAUUUCCCUUCUCUCAAUAUUCAAAAAGUUGAUUUGUGAACAAAUAGAAAGCUCAGUGCAGAAGAAAUGACACUAUCAAGCUAAUACUGAUAAUAAACCAAUCUGUUCUAGCACAUGUAUGGACAUGAUGAAUUAGAGACACCUAAAGCUGCCAACACCAUUGUUUACAAUUCACACAAAGUUUUACAUUAAGGUUUGCGGGUCAAAUACCUACAACGGAAAACUGAAGUGCCAAUUCCAAGUGAAAAUAUACAAUUAAGCAUAGGUGAAAAGUACUCAAAUAAAGAAAAUGAAGUUUACGUACAACCCUUAAUGUUUACAGACUACACCUGCCCUUCAAAUAGGAUUUGCUUGCUACCUUAUUCAUAACUUUGUGGGAUAGUUCAAAAGACUCCGAAGGGUACGAAAUGUUUACACAUUGAUUUUGUUUACAAGAUAAUACUGCCUCUCAUAAAGAAAGACAACCCACACUUGCCAUUUGAGUGAGGUCUGCACAGUAGAGGCCACAAACAUUAUCAUUACUCUUACCAUUCCAUAAUAUAACACUUUAUUGACUGAUGUUUACAAUAUAUACAUUUUCCAGCCUCCUCAUCAUCUAUUUUGUUUUUGUGUGCUAAGUUGAAGUUGUCGAGACAAACUUCAAAUGGUCCUUUCACAAGUAUAGCCAUAAUAUAGGCCAGUACAUGCUAAGGUCUAGAACGUAGGAAUAUAUAAAACCUCAACUUUUACAUAAGCUGCUUACGAACAAGAAUAGAUUUGUAUUGAGAGCUUGAGAGAUAUGUUUACAUAAAUACAUACAAGUUACACGCCACACGCAUUGCUUGAACAAACAAAAAAAUCACUUUUAAACAACGUAAAAACACCCACACUAGUGUGUGUUCUGUACACGGAAGCACUAACGAAGGAUUAGUUCAUCGUAUUCCAAUUGAAACCUUGAGUAGAAGCUUUUUAUAUUUUUAGACUUACACGCCAGUGAAAUUCAAAGAAGACACUUUUCUUCUUGGAAGAGGACCUUGAUAUUUGAACACCCGGCGGGCCUUAAGAAAAAAAAACUUUGGCUCAGAAACGCUGAAACGUUGAAAAAUGAGGCCAAGAACCUACAGAAGGAUGUUUAGCAACUCCCUCAUAUUUUUCCUUGUGUCCGGCCUCGUCCUUUCCGCCGUCACCAUCACCACAGAGCGCCGCUCAUCCAAUGGCGGCCCCAGCGGCACCACCCUGUUCCUCCUCACCGGCUUUGGGAACAAACCGAUGCCGCCGCCGCCCCCGGGGGGGGCGAAGGUGGCGCCUAAAGCGGCUGAGAUGGAGGACGCUCACGACGGCGAGCCGAAAGAACCCGAAACGCUCCCCAAGCCCCUCCCCCAGAUCAAGCUCCCUCAGAACAUGACGGCAGCUGACGCCCUCAAGCCCCCUCUGGGUGCUGCCCAGGUGGCUCCACCCCCCCGGCGCCUGGUGGAUGUGGACGUGUGUCGGGCCUACUACGAUGUCAUGGGCCAGUUAGACAGCACUUUCAACUGCUCCAAGGGCACCUACAUCUACUGCUGCGGCACCUGCCACUACCGUUACUGUUGUGAUCACCAGCGUAGCCGCCUGGACCAGGAGUCGUGCAACAACUACAACUCGCCCGGGUGGCUUGACACACCGCAGACGAACCCCCCGCUGUCGGGGAACCGGGGUGACCCAGACUCGGAGCAGCUGCAGCAGCAGAGCAACAGCACGGCGUACGUGAUCGGAGGGGUGAUCUCCUUCACCCUAGUGGUGGCAGUGGGUAUCAAGGUGGCCUUCCACAAGAUAUCCCGACGACCCCGGAACAGAGACAUCAACAUGCCCAGAGCCCUGGUGGACAUCCUACGCAGCCAGGCCAGCCCAGUCCAACAGGGGGAGAGGAACGACAGCAGCGUCCUGACCAGCGCCACCGUAGGAGACGGCCUCGGUCGUCCCCCCAAGAACCUCUACACCCCGGUGCUCCAGAGCAAAGACAACCGCAAGCGCGUGCCCCGCAUGAACAACGCCCAGCUGGCCUCCACGGGGACCCUCCUCACCGGCAAGCACAACAACUCCGGCAUGCACCCGCAACCCCCUUUCUCGCACUCCUUCCACAACCUGGCCCAGCUUCCCCCCUCCUACGAGGCGGCCAUGAAACCUGAGAUCAGCCGUUACAGCUCCCUGAAGAGGCUCGAGAAAGAUCUGGAGGACUACUCUGGCUACUACUCAUCGAAGCGACGACCUAACAACGCCCCUCUGUCGUUCCACUCCUCCCAGCACCACCUCCACUGGGGCGGUGACUACACUCUCGGCGCCAGGGGUACCCUCCCCCUCCACUCCUCCCGGACACAUAUCCACGUGCCCACAUCCACCCCCAACCCCUACCCUCUGCCAGCCGAGUCGUCGGGGUACCAGGCUGCCUUCGACAAGGCCCCGCGGAGGGUCAUGUCCCAGGACCAGCUCCUAGCACUUGGCGAGGGCAACACCCUCUCCAGACUCUCCAAGAACCAGCAGCACCAGUACUACAAGGCUAUGACCACCAGCAAGAGCUCCACAUCACAGACGCUUCGCAAGUCCCACGAGAGACUCCUAGUCUCGCCCGACCGUCUGGAGGAGAGGAUGGUGGGCAUGGGCAUGCCAGGAUUGGGCGGUAUGGUGGGUAUGAGCGGGAUGGGGGAAUUUGGGGGGAUGGGGGUCCCGACAAUGGGAUGCCUCAGCCACAAGGCCCAAUCACAGCAGAACGUCUGCGUCACACCCUCGCUGGACCGCCAUCACAUGAUCAAGAUGAACUCCCACCCCACAUCGGGCCACGAGCUGGAGAUGAGUGUGGCGGGCCACCCGGUAGGAAGCUGGGGGGACCCUCAUGGGCACGGACCAGGGGCCGGGGUAGGGCAAGGGAGCGGGGCGGGGACCAUCGGGGGCCACAACGUGCGGAGGAUGGCAUUCGCCACCAAGAGGCAGAACACCAUCGAACAGCUCCAAUACAUCCCCGGUGGCGGAGGAGGGGGCCAGACAUUGAGGACGGCUAGUAAGAACGAGGUGACUGUGUGAGAGACUAAAGCCAACGGUGAAGGAGAGAUGAAGGUCGUGUUGAGAAUGUUCACGCUGAAAGUGUUCACACAGAAAGGAAAGGGAGAGGAAGAGAAGGUCAAUUGGGGCAUGAUGGAAAGAUAGAUGAGUAGAAGAAGAAACAAGAGACAUGGGCAAGCUGAUGAGAGAGAAGGAUAUGACGGGGAUACUACGUCCCAACAAGAAUGAAAGCCGUGAGAGAAGAGUGGAUGCCAUUGUUACCUGUUGCCAGGAGACACAGAAAAGGGCAAUGAUAGAAAGAAACCACUGAGAAAAUUGAAUUAUUAGAGGAAAUUUUGAAUGAAGCCUAUUGAUUUGAUUCAUGUUAUUGUGAGUCUUGGGAAAGAGAAUAUUCAACCAUAUUGUUGAGGAGGGAGAAAGAAAAAGGGCCAUGUAUAGAGAAAAAAAGGAACAAUUUCAAAAAGUUUUUCGUGCAAUUGAAACAUUAUCCGAGGACAUGAUGACUUUUACUAGUGGAUUAAAUGAAUAAAUGGUUAUUGAGUUUCUUGUUGCUCUAACAGAGAGAACUAAACUGUCUUUGAAUCUGAACAGACACUGAGAUGUCAAUGGAAUGCAGAACAAUGUGAUGGUGGUUUGAGUUUUGUAAAAAAAAAUAAAUACAAGACUGUAAAUUGUUGGUUUUUGUAAAGGAAUAAAGUCCUGUUAGACAGUAUGUGUAUUAUGGGGGUGGGUAUCACACAGCUAUAGCCUGAUGACUUAAUGGCUGACACUGAGUGGACAUUUGAGUUGCCCAUUGUCACUUUCCUAAUUUUUGAUUGGACAACUUGAAAAUAGACAUAUUUGGAGUACUGUUGCUAGCUACCACAAUCUCACACUACAGCCAUAACUCAGUCUGCAGACGUUUUGUAUAAGGUCAUGUAAAGGUUGAACCUCUUGAUUAUGGCUGGAUUUCUUCAGUUAUUAUUAGCAUGAUUUGACACAAAUAUAACUUUGCUGCAUGACCUUUGCACCCUCGCCUGAUUGGCUGGCUGGUCGAUGUGAUGGUUGUCAUUCCCAUAGAGACCCAAGACUCAAAUGAGGUCAGUUUCCAAACUGUGGAGCUGAUUCCAGUUAUGUUUAUAGUCACACAGAGAUGCUUUGACACUGUUAUUCGAUACACAAUGUCAGUCAUGUUUUUAAGGAGUUAAAGACCACCUGAAAGGGAAAAAAACUAAACAAAGUUGUUGACCACAUGAGAAUGAAAGCUCAGUGAAGAUGCGUUAAUUUUGAGGAACACUGCCAUACAGAGGAUUUACCUAUUGGCUAAUGCAACGGCUUUGUUUAGCUAUACCUGCCCAUGGGUCUGUCCCUUCAAACAAUCCCCAAAACCAGCCAAGCUCCUGCUCCAUUGAUAAUCCUUUCUGAGCUGUUUACCAGGAUCGUGAGGUAAAACAUUGAUUUGUUAGUAGUUAAUAUACCAAUCACUACUCAGACUUCUCUGAAUUCCACCUGACUGUUUCUGAAACUCAAGCCGUUCACAAUAUUUGGAGGAAGGUGGGAAAAGGGAGAACAGAAGACAAUGGACACUUAACACCAAGGGCUAUUCUGAAAACUCUUUAUGUGUGUCUGUGGUCUGUACUAUGUUGGCUUUUUCCUUAUUCUGUGUCAAUGUUGGAGAAGGUUUGUGCAACACUGCAGAAAUGACUGACACAUUUUGUAAGUGUGAAGAAAACAGAGUCAAUGCUGCAAAGCUACUUUGUGCCCUCGUGAGGUUGACAUUGAGUGUGACAAAAAGCCAUCAUAUUAUAGUUUUUUUACAUUGCAGGGGUGGGGGUGGACCUAAUGUCGUAUUUUGUACAUUUACAAAAGUUUAUUUUUUUGUGGGUUUGACGGAUUAUAAAAUGGAAGAUGUGGUCAUUUUUGGCCAAUUUUGAAAGGGUUGAACUCUCAACUUUGACUGAAGGGAUAAUGAGACCAUAGUAUUUACAAAAUCUUUGUAUAGUAUUUCGGCUCUCCCCUUUAACUGUGACUGGAUAAAGACAAAAAUGUAUUACUUUCAGCCAGACAAUGUUUUUAAAACUCUGUGAUAUGUGUUUGUGUUUAUGGUCAUGGUUAUGAUUACUAUAGAUUUACUCUUUGAUUAUUAUUAUCAUCACCAUGAUUAUUAGUUCCCCUAUUUUUUUUUCUCUCUGUGAAGCUCAAUGUUUCCUGGAUUUUGAAUAUUCAUCUUUCUAGUGGAUUUUAACCUUUUGUAUUCUUGAUUUAAAAAAGCAGAUGCAAUCAAAGUGAAAAGACAAACCGCAUGAAGAUGUCAAAGCCAGUGUUUGCGAUGUCAUAGUGCUGACUUAUGAUGUCAUGGCGUGUAUGUGUAAUGUACAUGCGUCUGUAUUUGUGUGCCCAUGUGUGUAUUUUAAUUUAUUUUCAGGAAUGCUGAAUCUCACAUUUGAUCUGACUUGGCAUAUGACAAGUAAGACAAUUGUGUUUCUCAGAGAAUCCACAAACUAUUUCAAACCCAAAGCUAUGAUAUUAUUAUUCAUAUUGGCUUUUUGGAUUCAAAAGCCUAGUAUCAGAAAGGACAUCAAUCAAAGCUGUCCUUGUAAAGUGACAUUCACCAAAGCAAAUGUAACAAAAUCUACUUUUCUCACAUUUCAAGGUGUAGAGCAAAAGCUAUACAAUUCCAUUGUUGACAUUUUUUUGUGAAAAUUUGUGCAUUUCGUUAUAAGAUUACAUUUAUGUGACCGGAAUCUCGCUCUUUUCAAGAACUUUACUAUUUAUUGUAAAGAAUGAGGAUUUUGCUAGAAUAGUUUGGAGAAUGUAUUGUGACUUGCCUUGACUAACAUGAUUAUGGAUCACCAAUUAUAGGACUAGAAUGCCCCAAUGUUUUUUACAGUAAGAACUUCAGAUUCCGUAAUUGGAAUCUUGUUAAACUAAAACGAAGAGAGGCAAAAUAUAUUUAUGUCACACGAAGAUUCAGUUAUUUUAAAUGUAUGUUUUUAUUGUACUUUUGGAGGUAUACUGAUGUUGUGAUUAUGUUUUUGUUGAGUACGCCCUCAUUAAUCUGUGUGCCUGUAAAUGUACUGUUGAUUAAUGUGUGCGUGUGUGCGUGCCUGCAUGCGUGUGUGUGGUCUGAGGAAAUUAUUCCAGAAGGUGUGUGUGGGUGGAGGUAAGAGGGAGGUUGUGGUAUAAAAUGGUUGUUUUGGUGUGUGGCUCAUGGGGUGACAUUUAGUGGCGUGAGGUUUUCCAGAUAGAAAGAAGUGUAAGUAAACAUGAGAUAGCUUUAUUGGCCCCUAAUUGUAUUGCGGCACGAUGAGGCAGGGGUGUACUGUAUUACCUCAGAAAAAUGUAUAGGGAUUAAUCUAAUAGAUAAACCCCAUGUCUGUUUCCAAGAAUAUUAAGUGAAGAUCUCACAAGCGUGCAACCCUUAUUUUGGUUAUUGGUGAAUUCUCGCAUUUGUAGAAUCAUACUGUUCAAUUGAUAAUAACAAUUAAAAAAAUUCCCAACAAAA